AUGGAACAAGGCAAGAGAGCGCAGUUUUUAGUAGCGUUUUCAGUGUCACUAGCAACCCUGACUAUGGGUGUAUCAUCCGCAUGGCCUACAAUUGUGAUACCGCUAUUUCACAAAAAUGGAACUAACAUCCGAGUGACAGACGAAGUCGCUUCUUGGAUGGUUGCAGUGUCUCCCCUGGGAUUCCUCUCUGGCAGUUUGCUUACCCGUUACGUUUCUGAUCAAUUUGGACGUCGCGUUACCGUGCUAGUAAGCGCCGGACCAAUUGCACUUGGAACGUUGUUCGUGAUAUUGGCAACAAAGGGUUGGAUGAUUUGCAUAACAAAAUUCCUAUGGGGUUUCGGAACUGGUAUGCUAUCAACCGUUCUAACUAUGUAUUUAGUAGAAAUUUCGUAUAAGGAGUUGCGAGGAUCUCUGAAUGUCGUUACUCGAUUUAUGUUCAAUUUCGGCAAUUUACUUGUGAUGUGCAUUGGACCAUUCCUAACAUAUGAAGUUCUGAAUUAUUCUCUAUUGGCAUUACCACUGAUCUAUCUCGCGGGUUGUUGGUGGAUACCGGAGUCGCCUUAUUACCAUCUGAAAGAGGGUCGAGUGACUGCCGCGAGGAAAGAACUUUCCAGAUUGAGGAACAAAGAUACUAAAGUGUUGGAAGAAGAAUUACAAAUAAUGCAAAAUUGCGUCCGAAACGAAAUGCGCGGCUCCAGCUCAGCCAAGGAACUUUUUACUGGCAAACAAUACAAAAGGGCUCUUAUUAUUGCUGCUGGUUUGAAAGUAUCGCAGAUUCUGACCGGUGGAAUGGCGAUACAGCAGUACUUGAUAGUGAUAGUGCAGGAGAGCAGAUUUAGUAUGGCACCUGCAACAAUUUCAAUUGUGUACGGAUCUGUCAAGUUUGGCGUCGCUUUUAUAUCUUCGUUACUAGUGGACAGAGUGGGACGUCGGCCGCUGUUGAUUUACUCUUUCUUCGGCACUGGAAUUUCUUUCGCAGUCGUCGGCAGCUAUUUCUUCUUGCUAGACGUCGUUCAAAUUGACCACAACUCUCUCAGCCCUUACGGUAUUCUCACAUUCAUUGGGAUCAUUCUUUCAGCAAUAAUUUCAAAUCUAGGUUUUAAUUCUAUUGUAGGCAUUAUCCCUGCGGAGAUUUUCCCUUUAAAUGUCAAAGCCGUUGCAAUGACCUCGUUGAAUAUUCUUGGAGGAAUAAUGGGAUUCGUAGUUGGAAGGGGAUACCAAGUUAUAAAAGAUUUACUUGGGUUAAGCGGCGUUUUCUGGAUUUUCGCCUUAGUGACGUUUGGUGGGGCCACAUUUUCUUAUUUCUUAGUACCAGAAACAAGAGGUAAAAGUUUACAUGAAAUAAAGAUAAUGUUACAAGGCGAUGCCUACAACGAACGCCAUGCCGAUGAAAUAAAGAAAUCUGAAUUGGAAGUGGAGACUGAGUUAACAGCCUUGCGUAGAGAGAAUGACGAGGAAAACAAAAUAUCGUAG